GCUCCUGUGCAGCCUCAGUCCUACACCAUGACCUCCUCCUACAGCAGCUCCUCAUGCCCUCUGGUUUGUACCAUGGCUCCUGGAACAAGAAAUGUCUCUGUCUCUCCCAUCGACGUUGGGUGCCAGCCCAGGGCAGAGGCCAAUGUUGCCCCCAUGUGCCUUUUGGCCAACGUGGCACAUGCCAACCGAGUCCGCGUGGGGUCGACUCCCCUGGGCCGCCCCAGCCUCUGUCUGCCCCCGACCUGCCACAAUGCUUGUCCCUUGCCAGGGACCUGUCACAUUCCUGGCAACAUCGGAAUCUGUGGGGCCUAUGGUGAAAACACCCUGAAUGGCCAUGAGAAGGAGACCAUGCAGUUCCUGAACGACCGCCUGGCCAACUACCUGGAGAAGGUGCGCCAGCUGGAGCGGGAGAACGCAGAGCUGGAGGCCACACUCCGCGAGAGGAGCAAGUGCCACGAGUCCACUGUGUGCCCGGACUACCAGUCCUACUUCCGCACCAUCGAGGAGCUCCAGCAGAAGAUCCUGUGCAGCAAGACCGAGAAUGCCAGGCUGAUUGUACAAAUUGACAAUGCCAAGCUGGCUGCUGAUGACUUUAGGAUCAAGCUGGAGAGUGAGCGCUCCCUGCGCCAGCUGGUAGAGGCAGACAAGUGUGGGACGCAGAAGCUCCUGGAUGACGCGACCCUGGCCAAGGCUGACCUGGAGGCCCAGCAGGAGUCCCUGAAGGAGGAGCAGCUCUCCCUCAAGAGCAACCAUGAGCAGGAAGUAAAGAUUCUGAGGAGUCAGCUGGGGGAGAAGCUCCGGAUCGAGCUGGACAUUGAGCCCACCAUUGACCUGAACAGGGUGCUGGGGGAGAUGCGGGCUCAGUACGAGGCCAUGGUGGAGACCAAUCGCCAGGAUGUGGAACAGUGGUUCCAAGCCCAGUCUGAAGGCAUCAGCCUGCAGGCCAUGUCCUGCUCCGAGGAGCUGCAGUGCUGCCAGUCGGAGAUCCUGGAGCUGAGAUGCACGGUGAAUGCCCUGGAGGUGGAGCGCCAAGCCCAGCACACCUUGAAGGACUGUCUGCAGAACUCCCUGUGUGAAGCUGAGGACCGCUUCGGCACGGAGCUGGCCCAGAUGCAGAGCCUCAUCAGCAACGUGGAGGAGCAGCUGUCCGAGAUCCGGGCUGACCUGGAGCGGCAGAACCAGGAGUACCAGGUGCUGCUGGACGUGAAGGCCCGGCUGGAGAACGAGAUUGCCACGUACCGGAACCUUCUGGAGAGCGAGGACUGCAAACUCCCCUGCAAUCCCUGCUCCACGCCUGCCUCCUGUACUUCUUGUCCAAGCUGUGGCCCUGUCACCGGUGGGUCUCCCUCUGGCCAUGGAGCCAGCAUGGGGAGAUGAUUCUGAAGGUCCGAAGUUCCUGUGCAGAAGGUUGAGGCUGGUUGCACUGGGGUCAGGAGUGCCUUCACCUUGCUCAGUCUUCCUUCCAGAAAGACCAGACUCACUGAGGCAUUUUCCCUAAAUCAACGGGUAGCAGACACUUCCAAGGAGUGUCUCCCUGCCUAUGCCUCUAAGCUGUAUUUUUUGUUGUUGCUGAAAUAUUGUAAUUAUCUUCCAUGAAAGUGAUUCUUUUUCCCAGUGUCUCUUCUUGGUUCUUUUGGUUCUAUUCCAGUGUUUCAGAAUCUCCUAAAAUGUCACUGGGUUCCCUGCA